CUCAUAUAAAGUUGUAACACUGUUAGACCAUACCUCCGGCCACUAUGACCUCCCAUACUAUCACGGCCGCCGUAAAACACCUUUUAUUCCACUCAUCACUCACCUUCACACCGUCACAUUUCCGUCGGCGCCGCCACAUCUCUUCAUCUCUCAUCACACUCGCCACUUAUUCCACUACCUUAUCUUCAACUCGCAACAAGAAAAAGCUAAACAGAAAAGACAAUUCAAUUAGCAAUAACAACCGCAGAUUAUUAAUUGAUUCAGCAGUCAAACGGCGUACUCGAUCGGAUAAAAAGUUCGAUGAGGAAAGCUUCCGACAGUUCGGUGAUACAGAGAGUCAUAUUCCGGUGAUGUUAGGUGAGGUUUUGGAGGUUUUUGAUUCAGUUAAGCUUCACGCUUUUGUCGAUUGUACUCUCGGUGCUGCGGGUCAUUCUUCUGCUGUGAUUAGGGCUCAUCCAGAGAUGCAGUCAUAUGUUGGACUUGAUUGUGAUCCCAUUGCCCAUGAAAAAGCAAAAGCUAAGAUUGAUUUGAUCCGAAAUGCCAACUCCCAUGACUCUAGUUCUAAUUUAAGAACACAUACCUUCUUGAGAAAUUUCAAAAAUAUUAAGUCUACAAUAUCUGAGGUUGAUGAGAAGCUUCUGAUAUCGGGAGUUGACGGGAUUCUAAUGGACUUAGGAAUGUCAUCCAUGCAGGUGAACAAUUCCAAGAGAGGGUUUAGUGUGCUCUGUGACGGACCGCUUGAUAUGAGAAUGGAUCCUCAGGCAAGUCUGACAGCUGAAGACAUACUAAAUUCAUGGCCAGAGGCCGAAAUAGGACAAAUUUUACGUGAUUAUGGGGAAGAGAACAAUUGGCGUGCUCUCCAGAAGAGGAUUGUUAAGGCCCGCUUAAGUGGAGGAUUGCAUUCUACUAGUGAACUAGUAGAUCUUAUUCGGAGUUCUACACCUGGUGGAAAAGUAGGGAGGCAGGGUUGGAUAAAAACAGCAACAAGAGUAUUCCAGGCUUUAAGAAUAGCUGUUAAUGACGAACUGAAGACACUAGAGGCUUCAUUAUACGAUUGUUACAGCUGUCUUGCGCCUGGUGGGAGGCUUGCUGUCAUAUCCUUCCAUAGUCUGGAGGACAGAAUUGUGAAGCAAACGUUUCUUAGCAUCAUCAACCAAAAUUCAUCUGACGGACAUGACAGAGAAGCCUUUGAAGUCUCUGAUGAAAAUGAGCCAUGGAUUAAACAGAUGAUACAUGGUGUUAGUGGAACAAUCCUUACAAAGAGACCUAUAACACCUUCUGAAGAUGAAGAAAAACUUAAUGUUCGAUGUAGGAGUGCGAAACUCAGGGUGAUACAAAAAGAUUGAAGCAAAAUCAGAAGGCUAGAUUAGGAUAAAAUGUAAUCUUAAUGAGAGGCAGGCAUUUAUUUAUUGAAAUGGUAGAAUUUUACGAUCACUAUUCUAUGAGGAUAAAAGACCAAGAUGUGCAGAAGAGGAUUUCUUAUUAAAGGUCCCGACCUGACACAUUACAGUUAAAGCCGAGAAAGAAGUGUUACAAAAUGGGUUGGUUACCUGGUCAGAUUAUUUUGGACGGUAGCAGAUAAUUUGUAGGUAUGCAAUUAUGCAUAAAAUGAUCGUUUUCAGAUGGCUUGAUAUGUCAAUCUUUUGUUGCUCCUUUUCAAGUUUUGUAAAAUAUUUGAUAUGUAUUGAGCAAUAAAGAUGUAUUUGAUAAUUUGUAGGCUUUCUUUUUCAAGCAAUAAAGAUGUAUUAAAAAGUUGUUUUUGGGAUAUGUAUUUGAUAUGUAUUGAGCGUUCAUAUUUUGCUAAUUGUAUGUAGUAUUGUACUCGUAUCAUAUUAUCAUACUUACAAA